CUUGCUUAGUGGAGAGCAAUACACUAGGCAGAAGCUUUAGGGAGUGCCAGCUCCCCCAGUUGUGUGUUACUUCCACGACCUACUACACGUCUCCAGUAAAGUCCCGGGCACUACGAAGUGGAUCGCAAGGUGUCAGGCGGUGUUCAUUUGAAACUUCCAAAUUAAAAGCCCAGUGAAGACUACAAUCGUCUGUCGCUCAAUUGCACUGUCACCCCACACCAAUACUUGCUUCACUUCAAAUUCCACUGAGCGAGCAACACCCCGCUGUGAUGGAGUUCAAGAACUUCGUGUCGAGCACCAAGAAGGCUCCGUUCACGAGUCCAUACCCUCCGAUCAAGUUGAGUGCCAAUGAGAAAAAGCAGCUUCGUCAGCUCGCUAAAACCCUCGUGAAAGUCAACGUGGACGGAUACGAGGAGUUCAUUUACGACAACAACGGGAAACUUCCUGAGACCGAGUGGAAGUUCUUCCGUCGCGACGAACAGGUUGAAACCUUCUUACGUCGUCGAGAGGAAUACAAUCUGCGAGGUUUCGGAGCGACCAAGAAGUUCCGUCGCACGUCUGACACAAGCAGCGCUACAAGCUCCAGCAGUACUCGCAGCGAAGAGCUGUCAUCACUAGACGUAGCCGAUAUCCGCUCUAUCGGUUCAAGAGACGGCACUAUUGAAGACGCCAUCUACGGCGCCAUGGGCCCCACUACGGAGACCAUGCGAUACAAGUCCGUGUACGUCCAGGACGGUAUCGAAGACUGCAACGUACUGGUGAUCAUCGACAACGUCACCCAAGAAGAGCCGUUCACCUCGCUCUCAAUCCGCUGGCGAGUGACCGAGAACCCGCCGAUCCUUCGCAACAUUCUCAAGAGCUACGACCACAUUUACCUGGAGGCGACAGGCUUCACGCAGCUGAGCAAUGGUGAGCGCGUCGCUUUCCACCUGCUCCACUCCGUCGACUUCCCGUCGCUCACUCCUCCACUUCCCGACUACUCGCGCGGUCAAGUGGCGGCUAUUGGCUUUUGGAGACAAACAGCUCCGAACAUCGUGGAGAUCCACGGUCGUGGAGUUUUUGCUCUCCCGUUUGAGCGGGCUCGCGCACUCUUCGUGCCUGUGGUGACGGCAUCGCUGUCGAAGUCAGUCAUGCAUAUCUUCUACGCGUCGCACAUGAAGAAGCUCCGUUGGGUGCUAACGGAGCGAAAGACUCAAGCUGUACCGUAUUCACAGUCUUCUGUAGAUCGCGUGUGCGGCGUGUGCAGCAAGAAGCGAUUGAUCUACCGAAGUGACAGCUGCGAGUUGUGUGGCGAACUCGUGUGCUCAAUAUGCCGCGUCACUCAUAAAGUGGCUUCGGUGGAGCUGGACAACAAGAUACACUGGACCAAGGUGAGAGUAUGUCCUUAUUGCACGACUCGCGUCGUCAAGUCGGACACAACGGCUGUGGUUCGUGCCGAGAUUGCAGCGGGAUGGUACGACCGGUUGCCAUAGUCGGCAGAAGACUAUUCCCUACAUGUACAUAUGAAGCUCUGCAUCGCCACCUAAUGGGACGGAUUUCAUCACUUCGUAAGCGAAUUACAGAUACACAUUUCACUGAAAA